CACAUACCACAUGGGUUCUAUGAGAAGCAGCUGAAAGAGUACUUCUCGCAGUUCGGGCGCGUCACCAAGGUGCGGCUGUCGCGCAGCAAGAAGACGGGGAAGAGCAAGCACUAUGCGUUCUUGGAGUUUGGGUCUGCCGAGGUGGCGGCAAUCGCGGCGGGGGCCAUGGAUGGCUACAUGCUGCUCAGCCAGAAGCUGGCGGCGCGGGUGCUGGGAAAGGAGGAGGUGCACCCAGACCUGUUCAAGGGCGCCAACCGGGUGUUCAAAAAGGUGCCCUGGGGCAACAUUGAGCGCGAGCGGCACAACCGCGCCCGCACGCCCGCGGGGGAGGAGAGGCGGGUGCGGCAGGCCGUGGAGCGCGACCAGCGGCGGCAGCAGCGGAUAGCAAAGGCGGGCAUUGAGUAUGAGUACGAGGGCCUGGCGGCGGUGGUGCCCAAGAAGGCCAAGAAGACCAAGUUUGAGGAC